AGACUAAGGUAAGUACACCCGAUAAUAAGGAUGAUGACGAGUUCUGUUUCUCUGACCCAGAUUGUUUCUUUGAUGGUGAUGAUGUUAUCGCAUCUGAACCCCCUGAGAAUGCUAAUGCAUCUGUCGACUCCUCCAGUAACAACGAAGAUGAAAAUGGCGUGGACCAGCUUCUAACUGAAAAUAUCUUUGAUAAUUCGGAAGAUGAAAGAAUUUUCAACGAAGCAUUUGACGCUAAUGCAUCUGACUAUGAAUGCGAUUUUGAAGAUGUCUACGAUAACGACGAAGAUGAUUCACAGA